AUGGUUACCGAAGCAGACUUGAAGCCCUGGCUACGGCAGCCGCCUCGUCGGUACAUCCUCACCAAUGCCUCCAUUGUGGACGUUGCCUCUGGUAAACUCAUCCGCAAUGCCGCCCUUAAGCUACAGGAUGGGCGUAUCGAAGCAAUCGUCGACUCCACCGCCAGUAACAUCUCCUCUGCCUCCCAAAGCAGCUUUGAAGUCAUCGACUGCGCAGGCAAGUUCCUCACCCCGGGCCUCAUCGACUCACACGUCCACCUCAUGGCCGUUCCUGGCUUUGGCGACCUGUCCAAGGCUUUCGGUAACCCCCAUGAUAUCUCCGUUCUUCGACAGCCCUAUGUUUGCGCGCAGAUGCUCCAUCGCGGCUUCACGUCUGUUCGUGACUGUGGCGGUGCCCUCCAGGCGCUCAAGGAUGCCAUCGCAGAUGGAGUCUUCCCUGGGCCACGUGUCUUCAUCGCCGGUCACGCCAUCAGCCAGGCUGGCGGUCAUGCUGACUUCCGAGGGCAGCAUGACCACGAUCUUUGUUGCGGGGGUUCAACAACAGGGCUUGGGCGGGUCGUCAACGGCGUCCCGGAGUGUAUGCUUGGCGUGAGAGAGGAGAUCAGGACAGGCGCCGAUUUCAUCAAGAUCAUGGGUUCCGGGGGUGUGAGCAGCCCAACAGACAGGAUUGAGCAGCUACAAUUCUCCAAUGCAGAGAUUCAGGCCAUGGUAGAGUGUGCUGAAAACGCGGGAACAUACGUAACAGCACACGCCUACACCCCCAAGGCGAUCAGACACUGCGUCGAGAACGGCGUCAAAGGCAUCGAGCACGGCAACUUCAUCGACGAGCCAACAGCUAAGCUGCUCGCCGAGAAGGGCGUGUACCUAACACCGACACUCGUCACGUAUGCUGAGAUGGCAUCGAACAAAUGGAAGGGAUACCUGCCGCCCGAGUCAGCCAGCAAGAACCAGGAGGUGCUUACGGCUGGCCUGUCAGCGCUGAAGACGGCACAUGAUGCAGGGGUGCCAAUCUGCUAUGGUACUGACCUUCUCGGUCCCCUCGGCACAGCGCAGACAUACGAGUUUCGCCUGCGGUCCAAGGUGCUCUCACCUCUUGCCAUCAUUCAGAGCGCGACAGUCACUCCAGCCCGCAUGAUGGGCCGCGCAGAGUCGCUGGGCCAGAUCAAGGCUGGCUUUGAGGCUGACCUGUUGAUCACUUCAAAGAAUCCGCUAGAGGAUGCGACAAUCUUCGACGAGCCUAGUAAUGUACUCGCAGUGAUUAAGGAAGGGAGAAUCUACAAGAGCAGAUGGGAAGACUUGAAAGAAGAUGCAGGGAUAGUUGUUCGCAUCAAGGCACCGAAGCCAGCGCUGUAA